CCGCCAUGCCCCAGCCACGGGCUGUUCAGGGGCCUAGGCGCGGCGGCCCGAGAUAGGGUCCCCUCGGUCUCCCGGGGGAGGAGAGAGGCAGCGAGCCGCGCGCUCCGCCCCCUCCCCCCGGGCUGUCGCCGCCGCCGCCGCCGCCACCUCGCCGCCUCCGCCUGGAGGGGAGGAGGAGGAGCACCAGGCCUCCGGUUCCCCGCACCGCCGCCCGCAGGUCAUUUCUGAUUCAUUUGCAUCCUUGAAAGAGCAUCUGUAGAAGAGGAAGAAAAAGAUGGGUGUGAAAACUUUUACUCAUAGCUCUUCUUCUCACAGCCAGGAAAUGCUUGGAAAGCUAAAUAUGCUGCGAAAUGAUGGACAUUUUUGUGAUAUCACUAUUCGUGUCCAGGACAAAAUCUUUCGGGCACAUAAGGUGGUACUAGCAGCUUGCAGUGAUUUUUUUCGCACCAAACUUGUAGGCCAAGCAGAGGAUGAGAACAAGAAUGUGUUGGAUUUACAUCAUGUUACAGUGACUGGUUUUAUACCCCUUCUAGAAUAUGCUUACACAGCUACUCUGUCAAUUAACACGGAAAAUAUCAUUGAUGUUCUGGCUGCAGCCAGCUAUAUGCAAAUGUUUAGUGUUGCUAGCACCUGCUCAGAGUUCAUGAAAUCAAGCAUUUUAUGGAAUACACCCAACAGCCAACCAGAAAAGGGUAUAGAUGCUGGACAAGAAAAUAACUCUAACUGCAAUUUUACUUCUCGAGAUGGAAGCCUUUCACCAGUAUCUUCAGAGUGCAGUGUGGUAGAAAGAACCCUUCCUGUCUGCCGAGAAUCCCGAAGAAAGCGCAAAAGCUACAUUGUUAUGUCUCCUGAAAGUCCUGUAAAGUGUAGCACACAAACAAGUUCUCCCCAGGUAUUGAAUUCUUCAGCUUCCUACUCAGAAAAUAGAAAUCAACCAGUUGACUCUUCGUUAGCUUUUCCCUGGACUUUUCCUUUUGGAAUUGAUCGAAGGAUCCAGCCUGAUAAGGUUAAGCAGGCAGAAAAUACCCGGACUCUAGAAUUACCAGGCCCAUCUGAGACAGAUAGAAGAAUGGCUGAUUUUGUGACUUGUGAGAGCACAAAAACUACCUUGCCUCUGGGUACCGAAGAAGAUGUUCGGGUCAAAGUGGAAAGGUUGAGUGAUGAGGAGGUUCAUGAAGAAGUAUCCCAGCCUGUCAGUGCAUCGCAGAGUUCACUGAGUGACCAGCAGACAGUGCCAGGAAGUGAACAAGUCCAAGAGGACCUUCUGAUUAGCCCACAGUCUUCCUCUAUAGGCUCAGUAGAUGAAGGCGUCACUGAAGGGCUACCUACACUUCAAAGCACUUCUAGCACUAAUGUUCAUGCAGAUGAUGAAGACCGAUUGGAAAAUGUUCAGUAUCCCUACCAACUCUACAUUGCUCCUUCUACCAGCAGUACAGAACGGCCAAGUCCAAAUGGUCCAGACAGACCUUUUCAGUGUCCAACUUGUGGGGUGCGAUUCACCCGUAUUCAGAACCUAAAACAGCACAUGCUCAUCCACUCAGGAAUUAAACCAUUUCAGUGUGACCGCUGUGGAAAAAAGUUCACCAGGGCUUACUCGCUAAAGAUGCAUCGCCUAAAGCAUGAAGGUAAACGCUGUUUCCGGUGCCAGAUAUGUAGCGCCACUUUCACUUCCUUCGGGGAGUAUAAGCACCACAUGAGGGUCUCCCGGCACAUUGUCCGCAAGCCUCGGAUUUACGAGUGCAAAACAUGUGGCGCCAUGUUCACCAACUCUGGGAAUUUAAUCGUGCACCUGAGGAGUCUGAACCAUGAAGCGUCAGAGCUAGCAAACUACUUCCAGAGCAGUGAUUUCCUAGUACCGGACUACUUAAACCACGAGCAAGAAGAGAGCCUUGUUCAGUAUGAUCUUGGAGAACACAGUUUCGAAAGCAGCUCCUCUGUUCAAAUGCCUGUAAUUUCACAGGUCUCCUCAACCCAGAAUUGUGAAAGCACUUUUCCCUUGGGGUCUCUUGGUGGGCUGGCAGAAAAGGAGGAAGAAAUGCCAGAGCAGCCAAAGACCGGUGCUUGUGCCGAGGCCCCCAGAGAUGACCCUCCAAAAUCAGAGCUGUCUUCUAUAACUAUUGAGUAAUUCCAUGGUUUGGCUUCAUUUUGGUUUUUGGAAAGUGCCUGUGCUUGGUCUUGUACAUCUGAAUUUAACAACAACAAGGUUUGGGAAAGAAUUUAUCUUUUUACUUUGUGAGCCCUGAAGUUGAUGUUUUAUUUUUCAUGACUGGGGGGUGGCUUCUGUAAGUGCACAGUAACAUGGUGUCGAACCAUAACACAAACUAGGAAGCUUGAGGAGAACCAGUUGACUUAAAAUAAAACAUCUGUUCAUUUCUUCUUGCAUUGUUCAAAAAGUAGGCUAACAACAGAUCAUUGGGUAAAGAAGGAAUCAGAUGAAUAUUGACCUUCCUGAGAUAAAAGGGUACACCAGAAACAAAUUACUGAAAAGAUUUGACAGAUGGCCUGAAUAGAUGUUUACUCCUAUACACCGGACAUUGUAGAGUAUUUUGUAAAGCCUGUUGUUUUUGGAAGUAUUUAUGGUAAGCUUUCUUAAAAUAAUUAGGGUAAAUACUUCUGAAAUCCAGCAUACUCUUUUUUUUUGGUAAGCUUUGUCAUUUCCAUGCUGAUUUUUCAUGAUUUAUAUCCCGGAUAGGCAUUCCCUGUACCUUUGUAGAACCAGUCCUCCAGAUCUCCUCUUUCUUCUACAAAAGAAAGGAAAGAACUGUGAUUGAGAAUAGUCCUACUAUGCAUGAAAUGACCAGGAAUGGAGAAUGUAGUAUGUAAAUUCCAAUUUCAUAGGAAUUUUUAGUACUGUUUUUCUGGCUAAAGUUGUUCUUUACCUGGUCUUUGAAUGUUAAUGUCUGACUAAUUAGGUCACUGCCUAAAUCAGUUUCCUCUUGUGCCCCAUCCACAAUAUUUUCUCUUGCAUAUGCAGUUGUAAUACUAUAUAAUGAAAAAAUACUGGAGAUAUUCUAUAUUUUAUAUGUAGGUUUAUGUAUUGUUGGGGAUGUUUUUAUUGUGCUGUUUUAGACAAAAUAAAAAAUUAUCUGUUAAGGCUAUGUUCUUAACCCAACUAAGAUUGUUUACAAAAAUCCCAUAUAACAAUACAUUAUCCUUGUUCCAAAAUAUUUUUAGACAUUGCCAAGUUUAUUAAAAUCAGUAUAGGUUUUACACAAUGUAAGCAAUAAUGUAAAAGAUAAGAAAAGACUAUAAAAUGGUGGUCUUUGACUCAAAUCUGGGGGGAAACAAUUGUUAAGACUAAAGAAAAACUAAAAAUCUUAAAUUAAUGA